AUGCAGGUCUUCCUCACGGCAGAUGUUGCACAUAUAGAGUAUGAGACUGCACGGAAAGCUCAAAGACCCCAGUGCUAUGCGGCCUACAACGAACGGCAAACCUCCCGCCAAAGGCUCGCGCGGGUUCCUGGAACUUGUAGUUCUUUCCCUCCCGACUCUCCUCCCGAUGACGCGAAUUGGACGAUCAGAGGCCUGCCCGGAAGUGUUGCUAUGGCGGCGGUGCCCCCCUUCAGUGGCCUGGUCUCCGAGUUGGAAACCUACCGGGGCAGAGACCGAGUGAUACGCACCAUCUGCUAUGGCUGUCAACUGGCUGGAGGGAUUUUGGUGGCCAGAAGACAACCUGGAGAACCAUCCCUUGGCCAAGGCCUCCUGGCUGUCUCAGCACAACUGAGUCACUGUCGAACAGUUCUACGGCUUUUUGAUGACCUAGCCAUGCUUUCCUAUAGCUGCCAGUAUGGACUGGGGAACAAGGAGAAGGAUACAGCAAUGCGCUGGCUUUCUGUCUUCAACAACGUAGCUGACCAGCUUUAUUACCCCUGUGAGCAUGUGGCCUGGGCUGCCGAUGCUGAAAUUAUCCAUGCCAACUCAAGUAGGUGGUGGACACUCAGUACGACUCUCUGGGGCUUUUCUCUGCUGCUGGGGAUUGCACGAUCUCUCCGAAUUUUAUUACUCCUAAGAAGAAAGCAGCAUACAGAAUCCAGAGACUUCUAUCAGAAAACAAGGGCUGAAAUGCACAUACAAGCCUUGACCAUCAUCAGCAACCUGGCUGACCUUGCCAAUGCCAUCCACUGGUUGCCUCCAGGAAUUCUCUGGGCUGGAAAGUUUUCUCCAUGGUUUGUGGGCCUCAUGGGAAGUAUUUCUUCCUUCAUUGGGAUCUAUGAAAACUAUGCAGGGGCCAGUUGUGGAACAGUUUGAACAGCAGCUUCACAAUGCUGGAGAAAAGGGGCUAUAACAGGAAUUCAUGAAGGGUUACAUAAUCUCUGUUGAAAUGGGGGAGAGUAAUUCCUAUAAUGGGGGAGAGUAAUUCCUAUUAUGGUGGAGGCUAGAUUGGGAUUAGGUUCUACUAUUAAAACAUGGUGCUGCUUUUAUAUAACUCAUACGCACUUUCCUGGAGGAUCUAUUUGCGAGAGCUUAUAGUGUUUAGUUUGCCUACUUCACUCUCUGUAUAGGUAGUCCUUGAGUUACAACCUCAUUGGAGCCUGGAAUUUCAGUCAUAAGUCACUGUUUCCAUAAGUCAAAGCACCACAUGACCAGACUUGAUUUUACAAUUGUUUUUACAAUGAUUGUAGAGUGAGUCACUGAUUGUUAAAUGAAUUACAUGGUGGCUAAACAAAUCUGUUCUUCUAAAUGGGCAUUUUUGCUGGAAAUUGGCAAGAAAAGAAAACCCAGAAACUGGUGAAAACAUCACAAAUUGUGGUCACAUGGUCACAGGAUGCUACAACCAGUCGUAAAUACAAGCCAACUGCCUUGCGCCCAAAAUGUAAUCAUGUGACUGUGGGAAGGGGGCGGUAGUCAUAACCUCAAGGACCCGUUAUAUGUAGCUUUUUAACAGUAUGUUGUAAUUUCAACCUGUUGUUAGCUACCUUAAGGGACAAAUGGCUGCCCUGCCAAUUAAAUAAUUUGGCUAUGUUUUUUAUGUGAAGAAUACAGUCUUGCUCUAUGUACAGUAUUUUAAUGUAAAACAAUUAGGAUUGAUAAUAAAAGAUACAAUCUCACAUUUUUCCUUAGCUGAUUGGCUCUCUUGAUAUAGCUCUGGACACUUGUCUUUUCAUCAAAUGUUUACUUGGAGUAUGAAAUCCUGUUCACUCAUAGCUACAUUCAAUUUCAGAGAGCCAGUUUGGUGUAGUGGUUCAGGCAUCAGGCUAGAAACUAAACCACGAGUUCUAGUCCUACACUAGGCCCAAAGCCAGCUGGGCCAGUCAUACUCUCGAUCUAGGUUGGAGGCAGUGGCAAACCACUGCUGAAAAACCUUGCCAAGAAAACUGCAGGGACUAAUACAGGCAGUUGGCAGGAAUCAACACUGGCUAGAAGACACCAAAAAAGCAAGCAAAUAAACUCAAAUUCCACUGCAGAGAAAUCUCAGGGCAUUAAAGAGUAGCUGCCCAAUUCACAAUGCAGUGGAGACAUUGCCACUUUUGGACAUAAUUAUGUUUUCACACCAUAGAACAUCUUUCAUGAUUCUCUCCUUUUGCACCAGUUUAUUUGGCUUUCAUCCACAUCUGAUCUCCAACAUGGGAGCUUAGCUUGCUAGCUAAGAAGUCUUGAAACCCUCUCUCAGACAAGAGCCCUACAGAAAGGAUUCAACAAAGAUCUGUGUUAUCUAUCAGAAUUAUAAUUCACUAUGUAUCUGAUUUGAGGGAGACCAUAGUUUGCUUUGUUUUGGCAACCACCAACACAAGUAAUCACAUCAAAUGCAAUUUCAAACAAAGAUAAUACUUCAAAAGACAUAUUUUAAGGUUCGAUUUAUGGUUUCAUGGAUUGACUCAAACAGGUUCAGGUUUCAGUUGUAUCUGAGAUUCCACAAUUAUCCUAUAGUAGAGCAACAGUUGCAAUCAUUGCUUAAAAAAUAGCCAUAAUUUGUUGUGACAGGAUCCCAUUUGAUCAUUACAGUAGUGCACAAAUUUGACAAAAAAAAUUAAACACUGAAAACCAUCAACUUUACAAAUAAUUAAAAAGGAGAGUUACAUAGAAUGAUUGCUAUGUAAUAACCACUAAGAGAGGAUCUAUGUACAAAGUUACUAGGAUUUUGUCUAAAGAGAUAGUUAAAAAUCUGUUGAAGAAGCUUCAGGCUGAUGUAUUCACACAGAGAAGUAAAGCGCAAAAUGAGCUUUUCAGACUUAAGCCACUAGAGGCAGAGGACUUCUCAAUAAAGUUAUAGCCACUUCUUACUACAGAGAAACAUUUUUGUUCAUCAGUAAGACAGAAAAGGAAAUAAAAAUGCCAUCCAUGUUCUAAAGUGCUUGGGUUCGUCUCACACCAUCCAUAUAUAUCAGAAAACACUGAUAAGCAUGGCACAAAUGGUCAGUCAGAAUGCAAUUCACAAACAUCGUUAAGUACAAUAAAAUUACUUAAAGGAUUUUUUUUUGUGAUGCAGCUGGUAGAUCUUACACAAAGAGCUUAAAAGCUAAUU